AUGUCAAAUUUUCUUCAAAAGGUGCUAAAAUCACCUUCCACUCAAAACCUAUUAAGUACUCAAUCAAACAGUAGUAAUAAUAAUAAUAAUAAUAAUAAUAACAAUAGUAGUAAAAUAGAAGAAUCUUCAUCACCAACUAUUGAAAAUACAACAAAAGCAGCAGUGAUAGAACAAUCAGAUGAAGCUAUAAAACAACUACCUAGUCCACCAUCGACCACUACCACCACCUCCUCCGAUAGUUGUAAUACAACUCCAACUAAAAUAACACUGGAAAAUUGUAGUAGCAACUCUUCCUCACCGGUUCCACUCGCAGAAUCGAACCGCUCCGACUCUACAACAUCAUUAUCCUCAGCUGUAUCGUCCAACUCUAACAACAGUCACAAUAGCACCUUAAACGUCAACAACAACAAUCUACAACGACAAUACAGUAACACUUCGAUUCGCUCCGAUGAUUCAUCUUCACUCGGAACAAUGACAGCCAGUACUAUAAAUGAAGACUUUGACGAGAAUGCCGGUCAUCAUAUGCUUUCGAGCUCGUUGCCAGCAUCUGGACAUCUUCACCAUCAUCAUGGAAGCAUUUCCACUCCUACAUCACCAACUCCAUUCUCCUACACCGGUCAACAAGCAACACCACCACCCUCUCUCUCCAACUCUUCAAACUCGCGAUUCAGCAAUAAGAAGACAUCGAAUAUCAAAGACAACAACCUCACACCCAGUGCAAGUCCAUCGGCUAGAUCACCAACGCCUCUCUCCGACACUGAUUCACCAAGUGGUACUGGUAGUAGCAGCAGAUUGGACAAGUUUAUGAAAAAAGGAGCACAGAUGUUACGUGGUCCCGAUAUUCAUUUGUUUUCCUCCAACAAAAGCAAGUCGAGUUCCACAUCAAAGAAAAAGAAACAACCAAAAUUCGACCUGGACACAGAGAUCUCUGCACCCUACAGUGUUGUCCACAAGAUGCACGUCGAUUUCGAUCUCAAAUGGACUGGACACAAUGAUUUUGUUUUAGACGAAAAGCUGGGUGACGGUGCCUACGGCUCCGUUUACAAGGGUACCCAUAAAGAUCUUGGAUUCACACUGGCAAUCAAAGUCAUUGAGAUCAAAGAAUCCGAAGCACAGUCACUUCAGAACGAAAUUAAUAUUUUAAAGAAUUGCAAAAGUAGUAAUAUUGUAUCAUAUUUUGGAUCUUUACAAAAUGAAGAUAAGAUUUGGAUUUUAAUGGAUUUCUGUUCACUUGGAUCGAUUCGUGAUAUCAUAGAGUCAACAGAGAAAACAUUGAAUGAAUCACAGAUUUCAUUUGUAGUAAAGAAUACACUUAAAGGAUUGAUCUAUCUUCACAAUCAAAAUAUUAUACAUCGUGAUAUUAAAGCUGCCAAUAUUCUAUUGACAGACCAAUCAGAGGUUAAAUUGGCUGACUUUGGUGUCUCUGAGAAACUAUCUGAUUUCGAUGAUCAAUCAAAAGAAAUGAUUGGAACACCAUUAUGGAUGGCACCAGAAGUAAUUCUAAAAAAGAAUUAUGAUUACAAAGCCGAUAUUUGGUCACUUGGUAUCACUAUUAUCGAAAUGGCAGAUGGACUUCCACCUCAUAUGGAUAUGAAUCCAAUGCGAGCAAUGAAGAUGGUACCGAUUUGGUCACCACCAACAUUUUCAGAGCCAAAGAAAUGGUCUCCACUUUUGAAUGACUUUUUAUCAAAGUGUUUGAUGAAGGAUCCAGAGAAGCGUUUGUCUCCUAAGGAAUUGUUGAAUCACCCAUUCUUGAAAAAGACAAAGGGACCUGAAGUACUAGGUGAUCUCAUUCAUCAAGUCCUAAGACUAAAGAAGAAGAAGCAUGAUGAAGCAAAGAAGAAUCAUGAGAAUCACACAGACUCUACUUCUACCUCGGCAGCCACUGAAAAGUCGAAUGAAACAUCUGCCUCCUCCUCUACGGAUAUCAACAACCAUUCCGGUGGUGGUGGCGACUCAAACGAAGAGAAGAAAGGAGGACUACUUGGUACUGCUACUAGGGGCACUAUGGUAUUUAAGGGUGUUUACUCGACUUGCAAUGAAUUCGACGAAGAUGAAGAUGCCGAGGGCGAUGGUGAAGACGAUGGCGAUGGAGAUGCCGACGACGACGAAGAAGUUGAUCCAUUCAGCACUACUGUGUUCCAUGGCGAGCGUGCUCAGAACUUUGGAGAGGAUGACGAUGCAGAAGAUGAAUCAAACAACGAUGACGACAGUGAGAACGACGAAGAAUACUCGUCCACCGGCACCAUGGUUCACAAGAUUAAGAAGCCAAUUCCACAGCGAGCCAAUCACUCGAGGAGCAAGAGUACAUCGGCAGCCAUUGCACUCUCAGAGAUACUCUCAAUGAAGUCACAGAUUCCAUCUUCACAGAUCCGCGGACCUGGUGGUAUGCCCUUGAAACCACUUCCUCCACUCCCUCCAAACCCCACUUCCUCCAGCUUGUUACAUCAUAGCGGCGAGCAAACCGCUCAACUCGGUGAGUUGAUUCACCAAGAGAUCUCUAAUUUCGAAACAAAAGUACUUAGCUACAUUGACAAUAAGAAUAGGGAUGCCGUGGAGGAGCUCAAGGAGCAUGUCAACAGUGUCGAGAGAAACCUCAUAUCCUACGUCAACCAAGAACUGCAGAAUGUUCUCAGUGUAUUCACAUUGAAGUUACAACCACUACUGACAUCAAUCGAAGAGCUAAAGGUUGCCAAUCAACAGCUACUACAACAACAACAAUUACAAAUCAAACCACUUGUUACCAAACACUCAAUGAUAAUUGAACAACCUAAGCGAUGUACAUCUCCAAUUCUCUCAACUUCAACAUCAUCAGCAUCAACAACUGUUGUUAGAAGACCACUUUCAUCUUCAACAGCAUCACUUGAAGAACCUAAAUCAACUUCAACAUCACCAACCACCACUGUAUCAACAUCAACAUCAACUUCAACACCUGUCAAUUUAACAUCAUCUCCAAGUCAAACACAUAGUUUUAGACCGCUGUCAGCACCGGUUAUCCAUGAGACUUCACCAGUUCAAAUCAAUCAAAGAACAUCGGCACCAAUACCAGGUGGAAGAGCACCGAUCAUAAGUGCAUCAACACAUGCAUCAUCACCACCCAAACAUGAAUCUGUACAACAACAAACACAAUCGAUUUACAACAACAACAACAACAACAACAACAAUAUUAAUCAAGCAUCCAGAGUAUCACCAACACUCAGAAGAAUGUCAUCUCUACCUAAAAUCAACUCACCAGACACCUCAUCGACUCAAUCACCAUCGAACGAAAAAAAGGCAUUCUAUCAAGAUGAUCAUAUCGACAUCAACAAACAUCUUGUUACUGAGAAACUAAAAAUAUUCCAACAACAACAACAAUAA